UACGCAUGCGCAAAUUUACAAACUUGGAUUUCUCGCCAUCUUGGAAAUUUUCUGCGCUGCCGAACAUCUGUCCAUCAGAGAAAAUUACAUCGAAAUCAACAAAACGCCGCAUUUUAUAUUUGAAUGGAUCCAAGGGUGACUUGGUACCAACCUGAACAACUUGGUAGAGCCACCGAUCUCUGGACCCAGAUAUUCGACAGCGCAACAUUGACAGAAGAACUGCAAAAUUUUCACGUUGGCGAUAGCAUGAGCAAAGGUGGGACUGGCAGCCCUUCCCCCAACUCUCGGAGCGGUGCAGGCACUCGAACUGCGCCAGAUUACAUUCCUCUGAACGGAGACAAUACAUCACAUUCAAGAAAGAAGAAGGGAGCAAACGGCUUUAUAUUUGGUGACAGACAGGAAACUAUCAACAGAAAAAGGAAGGAUAAUCUAGCAAGUACAUACGAUUGGAAUCAUUCUGGAAAAUUAAGAAAUGGGGGAACACCAUGGCGAAUGCCAAGCCAGCGGUACUGCGGAAUCAUUGGAUUGCAUCAUGAGAUAAUUGACUUUUAUCAUUUUAUGCUCCCUCGUUAUGAGGAGCAUCAUAUGAGGAGAGAAGUAGUGCAGAGAAUACAAGGAAUUGUCAGAUCAAUAUGGCCCAAAGCAAAGGUGGAGAUUUAUGGGAGCACACGAACAAUGCUGUAUCUUCCUACUAGUGACAUUGACUUGGUCCUCUUUGGUGAUAUCGGUGAAAGUCCAUUCUUCAGACUUGGCAAUGAGCUGGAGAAAAGUGGAAUCGCUGAACAAGGAAGCAUCAAAGUUUUGGACAAGGCAUCGGUUCCAAUAGUGAAGUUGACAGAUAAUGUCACCAAAGUUCGUGUUGACAUCAGCUUCAACAUGCAAACAGGGACUGACUGUGCCAAACUUAUUGAGGAGUUCAUCUGUCAGUUUCCUAGCCUGCCUUUCAUGGUGUUUGCACUGAAGCAAUUCCUUCUUCAAAGAGACCUCAAUGAAGUUUGGACAGGUGGUAUCAGCUCAUACAGCCUCAUCCUCAUGAUUGUCAGUUUCCUCCAGUUGCAUGCACCACCAGAGCCUGAAAACCUUGGAGUACUCCUGAUUGAGUUCUUUGAGCUGUAUGGUAAUAACUUCAACUACUUCAAGACAGGCAUCAGUGUGAACGAUGGAGGUUACUACUUCUCUAAGGAGGAUGCCCAGCGGACUAUGACUCAGGGUUACCGCACAUCUAUGCUAUGUAUCGAGGAUCCACUCAACCCAGGUCAGGACAUCACCAAGAACUCUUAUGGAUUUAUGUCUGUGAAGCAGGCCUUCCACUAUGCCUAUAGGGUUCUAUGUCAAGCUGCAAUACCUCACAUAGAUCAGGAGGAUGAAACAGACAGCAUCCUUGGUCGUAUCAUCCGCGUGACAGAUGAGGUGGUUGCCUAUCGUCAGUGGGUCCAGCAGCAUUGGUAUCACAAGGUAGCUCACCUUAUACCACCUGCCAUGAUCCCAAGCAUACAUUACCUUCAUAUGGUUGCUAUGAACCAACUACCACUUCCAGACAACACUGCCAUGAGGAUAGACAACCAAAGUAACCAGCAACAGCAGCAACAACAACAAAAGCAAGGAAACAACAAUAAUAACCCCACAACUCUGAAUAACAAUAAUUUGAGUGCAAGGACUACCACGCCCACCACAAGUUGUUCCUCCCCUUCCCCGAUACCUUCGGAGGAAGGGGGCGUGGACAAGAGUGUUACCCUGGCUGGCCAGGGUUUGAAUGAACUCAGGACCGAGUCGACCACCACUACCACAACCGUUACCACCACAAGCACCCCAACUCAGUUGGAGAAAGUUGCUGGUCCUGAGCAGGUGCAGCUUUCCCCCGAGAGCCCUCCUGUCAUUGGGAUCCCGACGAGUUCCGAAUCCGAUGUCAACUCAACUGGAACAUUGUCUUCACCUUCCUCACACGAUGAUCUUUCAAGCUGCAGUGAUGCUGAAUCGGAGCAUUCGUCUGCUUCUUCAAAGGAUAGUGGAGAUAGCAUGAUGAAGAGCCUGCCACUACCCCUGCCUCCUCCUCCUGGACGUCAUAUCAAUGCCACAGUAACAGUCACCAGCACCAGUAUGAUGACACCGUCUAUCAUCGUAUCAAGUUCAACAUCACAACGUACAGCUACUCCACCCAUUAUCAAACCAUCGGCAGUGUUGCUAGCAAGUAGUACCAAUACCACCGUCACAGGGGUCGCUUCAAAGCCCAAGCCUUCCAACAAGGACAGCGAUGUGUUGAAGAGCGUGAGCGUCAGCAGCGUAGUGGUCACGCACAGGAGUGAAGCGCAGGUUGCGCCGACGACCUCCACCGUAUCCACCACGUCGUCUCCUUCUGUGACGAAGGUGCUCCCGGCCACGACGACGGUCACAAGCAUUCAGCAACCUGUCACUUCAAGGACUUAUCGCAACAAGAGCCACCAGUAUAACUCUCAGCAGCAGCAGCAGAGCAGUGGCAAGUACCGCAGUUCAUCUGCCAGCAGCUCAAACAACAAUAAUACCACAGGGAAUGGCAGUGCCAGCGGAGGAAAGAGAUUAAAACGCAGGCAUAAACAGAACAGCGCUCCUGCAAAUCGGUGAUUGUUGCUUUAUUGUGUAUUAAGACAAUGAACCUACUUGUACAAAUUUCUAAAGGAAAUACUGAUCAAAGAACAUGCAGAAAAUUGAACAACUCUGUAUAUUGUCCUGUAAGGUAGGCAUCCAACUGAAAUGGUAACCAUACUCCAUGUAUUUCUCUUUUUUGUUUAGAAGCUGCUUUUUUAAUCAGUUGGCUGUUUGGAGUUUGUUUUUAUAUUUUGUUACGUCUGUCCACCAAGUAACCCUGCCGUCUACGUACAUUCAUUAGCGAUCACUUCCACACGUUGCUCAGUGUUUAUUGUCAUGAUGUUCUCAAAAUUUCAAACAUUUUCCUGAAAAAGCAUGUGCCUCCACCUACGACUGAAUAUCUCAUUUCGAUGACAUUUGCUGAUACGAAGGCUGUAUUUGAUAAUCCUUAUUAGAAAAUCUGUUAGGAAAAGAGCUCUUUGGGAAAAAAUCACUUGGAAAAAGCUAACAAUCCUGGAAUACCUUUAAAAAAGUUCCACAGGUCUUUUUUUUAAAUAUACUGCAUGAUAUUGAUUAUCCACAUACCGUUUUCUAAUCGGUCUAUUUGAUGGAUUUUUAUAAGCGUGUUACUGUAACUCAAGCACAUUCUAAAAUUGUUGAGGUGAGGCACUGUUCAUACAACAUGUAAAAGUUUGAUUAACGUAGCAGCUUUACAAUGAGUGCCCUCUACUUUAUAAGAAAGGGGGGUGGAGGAGCCGUGGUGUAGUUGUUCCGACUCUCGCCUCGUAAACAGAGGGUUGUGUGUUUGAUUCCCACUGCGGUCUGGCGUCCUUUGGCAAGGCGUUAAACCGCACUCAGGACCCAGGUGCUAAAGGGGUACCCAGUAGGAUGUGAAAGUCAUUGUUGCUUGUCCAGUACUGUGUGCGCCUCACCGGCGACUAACUGGAAUACUCCCCGGGAGUGGAGGAUGUGCACACAUUGUGUGCGGGAAUGACUGAUUAAAUCCGAUGACUGGGGUAAUAAGAUAUCUGUUAAGCACUAAGACACGUUCCGAUGUAUUAAGCGCAAUAUAAAGCGGAUUAUCAUUAUAGUCCACCUCCCCCCUUUCCGACUCCCAUGAAUCUAAAUGUGUUUGUGACUUGAUGCGGCAUUCGUCACAUGCAUAGAAUGAUGGGACAACAAAGUCUUCAACAGAAUUUGAUUAUAGUUCAUGACAUAUGCUGUUUAAUGGAUAAUAGAUACUGUUUUUAAGAGACCUCAAACAGUUGCAAACUUAUCGUACAAACUCUAAUGCUUCUACGGCAUUCUUUGCUAGCUGAUUUGUAACAUUAACUCCAAUUAAUAUUACUAUAUGUACAUGUUCUUAUAUUCACACGUAAGGUUCAUAUAUAAGUUGCUCAAAUAUAUUGUGUAUUUAUAUUAAAUGCCAUUGAUUGUAUAUUUUUGUCUUAAAGAGUGCAACAAACGAUCUGAUUCUCUUAUUAUUUUUUUUUCUCAGUUCAUUUUCUUAUCUUGCAGGGUCAGGAAAAAAAAAUCAGAAAAAUGAAUGUGUAUAGAUCAAGUGAGCAACUUGAACGUGUUAUAUUUUUGUUGCAUGUAAAGGGCUGUACAGUAUUUUUUUGCUCAUGAUUUUGGUGCAAAAUACGUGUAAUGUCAAUAAGGGUUAACUGAUAUGUUGUUUCAUUCAGUUGUACAUUGUUAAAGGUACUUAACCUGUUAUGUCACAUGUAGAAAGAUUAUCUUGAUUAAUCAGCUGUGCAUACUUAACAGGGUUGGCACAGUGGAAAUGUUUUAUAAAUAAAACAUUUUUAUAUAUUAAAUUGACAUGUUUUAAACCCCAAAACACAUUUUUAUGAAUGAAAAAAAAAGUUUUUGCAUCACAACCCUACUUGUAAAUGUGAUUAUUUAGGUACUAUGUCACAUCCUCACGCAGGUAAUCUUUCAAGAGUUUUAGGAUCUGUGUCGUGGGUGUUGGUUGUACCAUUGCUAAGAAAAGGGGUGUAUGAUUGAUUUUGAUGGGAAGUAUGUAAAUUGUUUAUGCAACGCAAGAGAACGAUUCAUAUAAAUGUUCAUUAUAUUUUUUACCUUGAGAUACUUAUUUUUUGUGAUUGUUUUUUUGUAUGCAAACAUGUGAAUUCAUAUUUUUGUUGUAUUUUUGUCUUCAUUGCUAUAUAUUUUUUUGUGUCACACAAAGAGUUUUAUAUACCAAAGUGCUCAAAUAGCUCCAGCCGCUAUCAGGCAUCAACGUAUUUAUAGGAUGUACAAGUGGGUUUCGUUGAAAAAUGAUUUCUUGUGUUUUAUUUUGUUGAUGAUAUUGGGGUGGAUUUAUUCCUUUUAUUUUUAUUUUCUUCACUUAUUGUGUUUGGGCGAAAAUACAAACCAUAAAUUAUCAUCACAUUUUCAUCUACAUCUGUGUCAUGCAUUGUUUUAAGAAGGAACCGUGAUCUUUGACAUUGCUGUAUUAUAUUGUGAAAUAGGGGUCCAUUUCACAUGAAGAAACUAAGAAAGUAAAAGGGUAUGGUGGGUGUGGCAGAGGAUAGGGGUUAACAUCUUUAAUAGUAUUUACCCAUUUUUAUUUUUUUUAUUUUUUUUGGGGGGGGGGACUUAUGUUUGAUAUCAGCACCAUUUUUUAAGUACUUAAAUGACAUCACGACUAUGUGAAAUUAAUGGGACUGUCUUAUGUUCUAUAAAAUAUCAAUAGAUGGGGAUUGGAGAAAAAAAAGCAGCAAUGUAGUUCCAAACUCAAGGUUUUAUUUCUGACAAAAAAAAACUUGAUCAUAUAUGCAAUAAUUAACAACUUUAUGACUCAUGUGAGAAUCAUUUUUGACAAAGAUAGUGCAAUAACAACUUUGCCAUUGUUUGAAAAGUCAUGACUGUAUUUUGUAUUCAUCCUGCAGUAUGGGGGCGGGGCGUGGGCGGGGCAGGGAUUGGGGAUUACAUCUUUACCAGUAUUUACCCAUAUGAUGCAAUAUGAAACUGGAGACUGCUUAACCCUCGGUUUGCAUUUUCGCAACAGAGGUUCCAAGUUAAAUACAAUCGCCAGUGUUACAACAGGUAUUAUGCAGAUUAUGUAUCUUAAUUAGUGGGGGAAACGUUUGUGUCUGUGAUAUUUUUUUAUGUGAAUUGAUUUGCAUUGGAGGAUAUACUUGGUGCUGUUGAUUUAAGGCAGUGAGAAACAAUGCCAUGAUGCAAUAGUCUAUCAUCAAAGUAAUUGCAUUUUACCUUUGAUCUACUUUUUCUAACAAUGAAGGCUUGUUCAGUAAGGGAAACGAAGUGAAGUUUUUGGAGCUAAAUGUUUGAGCUUAAGUCAUUUUUUUUUAUUUGAGGAGAUGACUUUUUGAGGGUUGGCACAAUAAAAACAUUUUGAUAUUUGAUUUGAAUAUCGCUUUCGAAAUGAUUUAAAGCAUUUUAAAGCAAUACAAAAUGUUUUUAUGGUGAUGUGAUGGGAUAGUGGUUUCUAAAAGUGUGCAGUCAGUUGUGGAAUGCUAUAUUUCUUGUUGAUUUCUGUAGGCAGCAUGGGAGCUUCCAACCCAUCACAUUGAACACCAUGCACACUGAGUGAAUGAAAGAUUUUGAGCAAGAAAGAGGGUAUUCAUUAGCAAAAAAAAUAUCCAUGUUACAAUGUCAUACAUCAAAAUUUAAGUGAAAUUAGACCAUUGGGAAAAUUGUUUUUCUCUUUUUUUUUGUCCUGAAAUGUGGUUAUCUUUCUUCUUGACAUUCCAUAAUGUAAUUGACAUCAUCCUGUUACACAGAUAGUAAACCAUUUCACCCACCCCAUUAUACUGAAAUAGACCAACCCCUCCCCCUUUCCUUCUGACUGGCAAAGUAAACUAGACUCAACUGAUGAUAUACACAUACUACCUAAAUAAAAUUUAGCAACAAUUUAUGUAUACUCACUGAUUCUAGUUUGUAAUGCACAAUUAUAUUUGGGUGUUGUGUAUUACUCUUUUUUUUUUAUGUGUCGUCAAAUUCUAGCACUUUUGCCGCAUGAGUUUGAAUGAUGUUAAGAAUGUUAAAUGUUUGUUUUACAGGGAUAAAUAAGAGGAUACUUGGGGUACUGCCCCUCACUGAAUUAAUCGACCUUGUUUCAAUGUUGUCAAGGGGGGGGGGGGAUAAAGAAAUAUCAACUUUUGGUUCAGGGCAUGCUAGGGGGAAAAAGUUUUUUAUAAAUGGUUUUAAUUUGUUAUGAGGGAAAUGGUUUCAGACCGGGAACAUAACAUUGAUUGAAGUUCAGACUGGUGGUAGGCUCACUUGGGACAACCAAUUUUACAGUCCUUUAUCGAGCAGUUCCAUAACUUUCUAUUGUUAAGGAGAAACAGAAGUCACAAGCCCUCUUUUGAUUGUUGACUUUUCUUCCGUCUUUGAAUACUUGUGUACAAAUCACCUAUACUUCCAAUUUUUUCUAUAUGAUUGUUUAAUACAAAAAUGUUUGAUGAGAAAUUGAUGAUGGUGAUUUACGUGUUGGUAUGGUGUUAAUGGAUGGUGUGAAUGAGAUAUUGAUGAUGAUAGAUGAUAUGAAACACCGUGGUAACUAAGUGAUAAUGAUGCCUUAAGCAUGUAAUUGACAAUGUAUGUUACACCCAUUAAUUUACUUCAUUGAUUGAAACAGAGAUAUAUAUGACAGUUUUGCUUUUCAUUUCAUUUGCAAUAUUUGUUUUUGACAACAGUUCAUUGAGAAUAUCUCAACUAUUCCUGGGGGCAAAAAUAACUUAACAUAUUUCAGUGUAAUAGCAUGUGUGCCAGUGUUGAGCACAGAUGGUGGAUGUUCUACUCUCGUUCCUUUAUUCCUUUUCACCAGGUUAAAAAAAGUGUAGAACAUUUAAAUUAUUUCCUUUGUUAUAGUUUGUUAUUAUUCAUGAAUCCAGUAAAUGUAUGAUUAUGAAGGUCACCAUGUAUGUGUUUAUACCAGACAAAUCAAUACAAAUUAAUUUACACCCAAUCAAUUACUUAUUAUUAUCAUCCAAAGAGUUCAUAAAAUUUUGUUAUACAUCAUAUCAAAGAGGGGUUUAUUGAUCGCAAAUUAUUUGGUAUUAUUGUGUAAUUGUAUGUUAUUCUUCACUCUCAGAUAUAUAGGAAACAUUAUUAGUGAUAUGACUGACCUGCCUCAAUAUUAAUGCCUGUAGAAAAUUCUCAUUUUAGAGGCUGCCGUUAGUCAUUCGCUAUUUCUACUGCGUAGUCUUUUAAAAUGACGUAUGACCACAAUAUUUUGGUGCCAUAUUCAGUCGAGUUUGCAUAACGUAAUAGACUUUCAUAUCAAAUUGCCAACAUCUCACUGAAAUUUAAAAAUGGAAUUUAACUUCAUUUACAAUGCAGUAAUGGAAAUUGCGAUGUAACAUUAUAAUCGAUUGCUUCUCACCAAAAGACUAUCAAUCUGCAAAGUAGAUUCAAAUUUGAUAAAAAGAUUUCUACAGAAAUGUUAAUGUAAUAAUAACUCGAUUUCAUUUUGGAAUUUCAUCACGUAAGCAUAUUGAUACAGCCUCUCAAUACAUAAAAAAAGACAGAAAAUUGUGAUUGUUUUGUUCAUGCUGGGAAAAAGGCAGCAAUUUUAAGGUGUUAUUUUGUGCAAGUCAAGUUGUGCAUGGUAUCUUACAAUGUCUCAUGUUCAAACAGGUUCAGUAUAAAACAAAAUUAUUUCAGAUGAGCAUUUUUUGAUAUUCAAAACAAAUAAUGCACUGUUAUUAUAUUAUUUUUGAAAUGUAUUCUUGAGCAAUCGUUUAGGUAAACUUAAAGACUUGACGAUAUAUAGAUGUGCAUUAUAUUCGACAUUUACAGUAGUUUUCAAUAUAAACCAAACUAUCCAGCACAGGAUUUCUUUUUGCCAUUGUCAAAGAUUUAUUAGUUUAUAUUCUAUGGUACUUGUCGUUCAACUGUUUUACUAUCAGAUUUUUUUUUAAUAGCACUUCCCCCGAUUUUAUUCACCACUCCCUUCAAAGCGAAGCAUUUAAUCUUAUGUUCCAUCAUAUAUUCUCAUUUCAUAGUACUAUAUAUUUUUUUGUUUUGCAUUGAAGGUACCAAAAUAAGUAAACGAGACAAAUUUAUUCCAUUGUUAUAUGGGUAAAAGCAAUGUCAGAGUACAUCUAUUGAUGUUCCUAGGAAUGUUUAUUAACUUGAUAAUCCAUACAUGCCUUUUUGUUGUUCAUGGUUAAAAAAGUUUCUGUAUAAUUUGUUUAUGUAAGCUAAUAGUGCUGUGUUGGCACAUGGCUUGAAUAUUGACCAGAUGUAAAGAUUUUCUUUUUCCUGUAUAUUGAAUUUAAAAAAAAUACAAAAAAUGAAAACCAAAAAAAAUAUGGAAAAAAAUAGAAAAAGUAAAUAUUUUAUCCUUGCAUUAAAUGUACACAAGUUGUUUUUAGUUUCAGGUCACACCAAAAAAUAAAAAAAAGACAAGAAAAGGGUAAAAGAAACAUUUUUUUGUUUAUUUUAAUCAUGAAACAUAUUUUAGAGUUUUGCAAAGUUAUCAAACUUUCAACUUUGAAUAAAAAGGAACUCUGUGUCUAUUUUCUCUACAAUUACUUUGAAUGGAUAGCAAUAUUUGAUGUAGAGACUGCUCUCUCUGCGAAGGAGAUAACACGUUUACACUCGCCAUUCUAGCCUUUUUGAAAGUUCGUCAUGACCGUUUUCAUAUGAAACGGCUCAAUUGCACAUAUGUACAUGUAAAAAAAAAUGGGAAAACGAAAAAAAGUAACCAAAAAAAUUUAUAAAAAACAACAAAAAUAAAAUAAAAAUAAAAUAAAAAUU